ACAUGUGGCUAUCAUCCAUACACACAACACAAACACACACAAUUUACAAAACACAACCCUUUUCACACCUCCGACCACAAUCUACAAAACACAAUCCCAAACUAUCAAUCAUUCAUCAUGGGUGUUGUCGAAGCCGCUCACAAUGUGAAGAUCCUAGGCUCCGGUGACCGUACCAUAGUGUUGGCGCACGGAUUCGGUACGGACCAGUCGGUGUGGAAGCAUCUGGUGCCGCAUCUAGUUGAUGAUUACAAGGUUGUUUUGUACGAUAAUAUGGGUGCGGGUACGACGAAUCCGGAGUACUUUGACUUUGGUCGGUAUGCUACUCUAGAAGGGUAUGCGUACGAUGUUAUUAGCAUUCUAGAAGAGCUUAAGAUUUCGUCGUGUGUUUUUGUUGGUCACUCGGUUUCGGCUAUGGUUGGUGCGGUUGCUUCUAUUACUCGUCCGGAUUUGUUUUCGAAAAUUGUUAUGAUUUCGGCUUCUCCGAGGUAUUUGAACACUAAGGACUACUUUGGUGGAUUUGAGCAAGAGGAUCUGGACCAGCUAUUUGAAGCCAUGCAAUCGAAUUACAAGGCGUGGUGUUCGGGUUUCGCGCCAUUGGCGGUUGGUGGGGACAUGGACUCGGUGGCGGUUCAAGAGUUUAGCCGGACACUUUUUAAUAUGAGACCGGAUAUCGCCUUGAGUGUCGCACAAACCAUCUUCCAAUGUGACAUGAGACAUUUGUUGUGUCAUGUGGUUGUCCCUUGUCAUAUUAUCCAAAGCAUGAAAGAUCUCGCGGUUCCUGUGGUGGUCGCUGAGUACCUUCACCAAAACCUUGGUGGUGAGUCCAUCGUUGAAGUCAUGUCGACUGAUGGUCACCUCCCGCAGUUGAGCUCACCGGAUAUUGUGAUUCCGGUGCUUCUUAGGCACAUCCGUUGUGAUAUCGCGGUGUAAUUAUGUUUAGGUUAGUUGUUUGGUUUAAUUUGGUUAUUUAAACUACAAGUUGUUGAUAAAACUUCUCUUGUGAAUUUGGAAUUUGUGUGUAAUUGUGUAUGAUAUGUCUUUUCUUUGUUUUGGUACCACAUAAUGAAGCGUCCCACCUUAUCUAACUAGAUAUUAUUACAA